CGCUAUCUCUCUCUUCCUCUCUCUCUCGCUCUCUGAAAAAUAAUCAGAAAAGCAAAUGCCAGCUACUAUAGCGCGUACAUCCAUGCGACGUAUGGCUAUCAUCUAUUACUUUUCAGCCUGUCUUCUGGGAUGAUGGCGUUUAUGCAAUAACGCUGCUGAAACUGCAUAAAGCGUACUAAUAGUUGAACAUCACUGGAACAAAAUCUACAAAUACAAACCAAGCAGGAGUGUUGGCUAAUAGUAACACUGACCUGCAGUCACACUGCACUUUCUGUGCUGGAGCCAAACAAUGGAACUUUUUCGAUAGAAGAAAACAGGGAAAAGAUGUGACCAGUGUCAUGGAAUAUAAUGAAAGACUUGCCCGUUUUCGUCAGGGUCAUGUCAACCCAUUUGACAGGAGAGAGAUUGACAGCAACACUGAGGAGAAGGAUUCUCCAAAACAUGAGGUGAGGUCAGAGAUCUUUUCCUCAGAAUCCAGUUCAGACCGAGCAGUGGAUCUGGGCUUGGCUGAAGACCAUUUCUCUCGACCUGUGGGUUCGUUUGUGGCAUCUGAUGUAGAGCAGCUAAAACAGGCCAUAGCAGAUUGCAAGAGACUGAUCCUGGAACUUCCAGAGCAUUCAGAGAAACAGAAGGACACAGUCGUCAAACUGAUCCACCUUCGGCUCAAACUACAGGAAUUAAAGCAGGACCCAGAGGAAGAUGAACCGAACCUGCAGGUUCUGUUAGAGCAUCGAUUCUCAAAGGAGAAGAGCAAGAGUGUCAAACAGAUGUGUGACAAGUGUAGCACGAUCAUAUGGGGCCUCAUUCAGACCUGGUAUACAUGCACAGGUUGUUAUUACCGUUGUCAUAGCAAGUGCAUGAAUCUUAUCAACAAACCAUGUGUGAGGUCAAAGGUCAGCCAUCAGUCUGAGUAUGAACUCAGCAUCUGUCCUGAAGUUGGUCUAGACAAACAAGAUUACAGAUGUGCUGAGUGUCGAACACCCAUCUCUCUUCGGGGUGUUCCAAAUGAGGCACGGCAGUGUGAUUAUACAGGUCAGUAUUACUGCAGCAGCUGCCACUGGAAUGACACAGCCAUUAUUCCGUCUAGAGUCAUACACAACUGGGAGUUUGAGCCCCAUAAGGUGUGUCGUACAUCAAUGCGCUAUCUUGCUUUGAUGAUGUCCAGGCCUGUGCUCAAACUUAAGGAAAUCAACCCACUUCUUUUUAACUUUGUGGAGGAGCUGGUGGAAAUCAGAAAAUUACGUCAGGAUAUAUUGCUAAUGAAGCCAUAUUUCAUCACUUGUAAGGAGGCCAUGGAAGCCAGACUCCUGCUGCAACUUCAAGAUCGCCAGCACUUUGUGGAGAAUGAUGACAUGUACAGCCUACAGGAUCUGAUUGACACCUCCAGUGGGCGUCUCAGCUGUUCCCUUACUGAAAUUCACACAACAUUUGCCAAACAUAUUAAACUGGACUGUGAGAAAUGCCAGGCGAAAGGCUUCAUGUGUGAAUUGUGUAAAGAGGGUGACAUUCUCUUCCCAUUCGACAACCACACCUCUGUCUGUAAUGACUGUUUUGCUGUUUUCCACAGGGAUUGUUACUAUGAUAACUCGACCACAUGUCCGCGCUGUGCAAGAAUGCUGGAACGGCAACAGGAGGAGUCUCAGAACCCAUAGAUGAGCCUGACAGAUGAAUGCAUCACAAAUACUGUGAAAUAUCUUCAGAGUCAGAACUUGUAUUAUAUUAAGUUGUAUUAUGUUAUUUAUUUGUUCUUGAUGUUUUAACUAUACAACUGUCAGCUUUUGAGCGAACAUUAAGUGGGAUUAGCACAUUAUGAAGACUAUAUUCCCAUAAACAUAGAACGUUGUGUUAGUUACACGUCUUCAGUGAGAAAUCAUCUGUCAAAUUUAACAAUGCCAUGUUUCUCUUAAGAAUGUGACUGUUAGACCAAUUUGAUUAUUUUCCUGGCUAGAAUGCUUUUUAAGAGACCAGGAAAAAAUACUACAAAGCUGCACUAUGUUCUGCCUUAUAGUUAUAUCCCCAUAAUACACUGUGGUUUAAUGUAACAUACAGAUAAUUAAUUUCAAUUAAUGUUUUAACAAAUGCUGUGCAACUAUAUCUGGUUAAAGAUUUAUCUCAGAAUGAAUUCCUCUGUAUUUCUGUAUUUUUUUUCUGUAACAUAAUACCUGGUGUAAAAUUGUAGGUUAUGUGCAAGACAGCAUAUGAAGUGUUAUGAAGUCCAAUGUGAAGAUAUCUUCAAACAAAGCAUGAAUAAAAAAAAUGGAACAUGAA